UCAUUAACCUAUACGUCGCUUAGCUGAGAUGACGAGCAGUUAUGAAGAGUCUGGUCUCAUCGUUGGUGCAUAUGCAUCUUAAUUAAUUCUAGCUGCACGAUCCUCUGAUGUACGCAAUCAUAAGGUUGGAUGAUCAUCUUCAAGAUGCUUGUUUUUAUCUUGAAACUUGAAUUUUGUUCAAAAGAUUUCACUCAAAAAACAAAACAAAAAAAAAAAGAGUUGAAAAGGACUUGCCAAAUUUAGAUGCAUGCAAAAGCUCUGUUUAAUCAAAAGUAUCAUCAUCCCAGAGUAUUCAUAGGUUAGAAAAAUACCACCUUGAUGAAACACUUGAAUUGCACUGCCAAUCAUGCACAUUCCGUCGGCCUCUUUUUUGCUUUUUUCUCGAGGUAUAUCCUUAAUUGAAGGCGGCUCUAGCUAGCAGCUUCGACGGUGGGCAUGGUAACAAGGGGCAGUUCUAGAAUAGGAAAAAAUGACACAGACCACUGGCAUUAAUCCCUGGCAUAUUGGAAGUGCUUGCUUGAUUUAUAAAUUCUCUCUCCGAUUUAAAAAAAAAUAUUACUAUUUUUUUAAUUUUCUCUUUUUUAUUUCUUUGUUUUCUUUAUUUGUAUUUCUCUCCCGGUGAUUAUAGCCAAAAGAUUUCUCCAUAAAUACAACCUCUCCAUAAAUCUCCAGCUCUCUCUUCUUGUAACAAACCCUUCUCCCUCCCUCCCUCUUCCUCCUAGCAACAAAACCCUCAUAGUAAUAUGGCAGAGACACACAAGAAACCCCAUGUCAUCUUCAUACCCUUUCCUCUUCAAGGCCAUGUCAUCCCAGCAGUUCACCUUGCCAUCAAGCUGGCAUCUCAAGGCUUCACCAUCACCUUCAUCAACACCCAGGCCAUCCAUCACCAAACCUCCAAUGCUCAGCCCAGUAGUGAACCAGACAUCUUCGCCAAGGUCCGAGAAUCAGGCCUUGAUAUUCGGUAUACAACUGUCUCCGAUGGGCUUCCUAUUGGGUUCGACCGGUCGUUGAACUUUGACCAAUUCACGGCAGCCCUAUUGCAUGUGUUCUCGGCCCAUGUGGAUGAGGCGGUGGGUCAGAUUGUAAAGUCUGAUGACAGUAUUCGAUGCUUGAUUGCCGAUACAUUUUUUGUAUGGCCAUCAAAGAUUGCAAAGAAAUUUGGUUUGCUAUAUGUUUCCUUUUGGACAGAACCGGCUUUGGUGUUUUCCUUGUAUUAUCAUAUGGAUCUUCUAAUGAUAAAUGGUCAUUUUGCUUGUCAAGAUUGCCGCGAGGACACCAUAGAUUACAUACCAGGAGUUAAGGCCAUAGAACCGAAGGACAUGGUAUCAUAUCUUCAAGAGACAGAUACAACAUCCAUUAGCCAUCAGCUUAUUUUCAAGGCCUUCAACGACGCUAGAAAUGCAGAUUUUCUUUUAUGCAACACUGUGCAAGAACUUGAGGUCGAGACUUUGUCAGCCUUACAAGCCAAGAUGCCCUGCUAUGCAAUUGGACCCAUUUUUCCUAAUGGCUUCACCAAGAGCUUCGUGGCCACCAGCCUGUGGUCCGAGUCCGAUUGCACCCAGUGGCUUGACAAAAAGCCUCAUGGCUCAGUCUUGUAUGUUUCAUUUGGUAGCUUCGCACAUGUUGCAAAAAGGGACCUCGUAGAGAUUGCAAAAGGGCUUUCCCUUAGCAAAGUGAGUUUUGUUUGGGCGCUUCGGCCUGAUAUUGUGAGCUCCGAUGACGCUGAUCCCCUGCCUGGUGGGUUUGAGGAAGAGGUUGCGGACCGUGCAAUAAUCAUACCUUGGUGCAGUCAAAGAGCAGUGUUGGCCCACCCAGCGAUCGGAGGGUUCUUAACACAUUGUGGAUGGAACUCUGUACUGGAAAGUAUAUGGUGCCAGGUUCCACUACUGAGUCUCCCUUUGCAGACAGAUCAAUUCACAAAUAGGAAAUUAGUGGUUGAUGACUGGAAGAUAGGGUUUAAUUUGAGUGAUGGAAAGUUUGUCACUGAAGAGGAAGUUUCUUACAAUGUCAAACGUUUGAUGAGUGGAAAAUCAGAGGACGGAUUCAGGAACACAAUCAAGGAGAUGAAGAAAACAUUAGAAAAUGCAUUGUCAUGCAAUGGGUCGUCAGAGAUAAAUAUGGCUCGGUUCGUCAAGGACCUAAGGACCAAGAUCAGUGAAAAGAUGAAGCCAGUUGACAGAUCUGCAUGCACCGGCAGCCAAAACCAUUAGCCAGUAGACAGAUCAGUUCAUCUAGGACCUAUAAGGCUAGGACCCGUUUGGAGAUACUUAAGCCAUGCAUGCGAUCCCCACUUAAAAAAAUUGUCAAGCUCCAAAUUAGCUUCUCUAGCUUUUGCGAAUUGGACUGUAGUAGUAUAAUGGUAAAUUAGCAUUAUACCCUCUUA